AUGGUCGUUCGCAUUCGUCUGUCCCGGUUCGGGAACAAGCACCAGCCCUUCUACAACAUUGUCGUGGCCCAAGCACGAACAGCACGCGAUUCAAAGCCCCUAGAGGUCAUUGGAACAUUCAACCCUCUCCCGCAACGACCCACCAACUUGUCCGACGAGGAAGCAAAGAGCGCGAGACCGUACAAGGAUAUCGCUCUCGACAAGGCGAGGGCGAGCUACUGGCUAGGAGUCGGCGCACAGCCCAGUGAGUCUGUAUGGCGGAUAUUGAGCUUGGCUGGCCUUGUUCAACCGAAGACUCACACCCCGAAAUAA